AUGCAAGGAGUAUUUGUAAAUAGAUCAGCACUACCACGUUAUAAACAGAUCUGGGAUGUGUCUGUGGUUAUAAAAUAUCUAAAAUCUUUGGGUGAGAAUACACAACUCUCCCUACAAGAUCUGACUAUGAAGACAACCAUGCUGCUUGCCCUUGUUACUGGACAGCGUUGCCAGACCAUACAGGUCUUGAACAUUGAACAGAUGGUUAAGAGCGAUGACAUAUGGUCCUCUCAUAUAAAUAAAAUGUUAAAAACCUCUCGACCUGGAAAGCACUUUGGAAAGAUUGAGAUCAAAGCUUUUACAGCAGACAAAGUGAUAUGUCCAGUAACUGUCCUCAAAGAGUAUGUGGCAAGGACGCUACCUUUAAGAAAGAACAACUUCCAACUACUUCUGAGUUACCAGAAACCACAUAAACCAGUUUCAUCAGAAAACAUUGGCAAGUGGAUCAAAAAGACUUUAACUAAAGCAGGCAUAGACAUUAAGGUAUUUGGUGCUCACAGCACAAGAUCAGCGUCUACAUCUGCAGUGAAAGUUGGUAACAUGCCAAUUAGUAUGGUGUCCCAUGUCCGCCAAAAAUCAACUUUUGCAUUUCACUAUAAUAUAUGA